AUGACUGGUCGUAUUAUAGCUGAUAAUUAUAGAAUUGAAUCAAAAUUAGGUGCUGGAUCAUUUGGACAAGUUUAUUUAUGUGAACAUAUACAUACACAUGAACAAUGGGCAAUGAAAAUUGAAUCACAAAUAAUGAAUAAUAAUCCUCAAUUAUCAAUUGAACAUAAAAUCUAUACUAUACUUCAAGGUGGUAAAGGUUUUCCAAAAAUUGAUUAUUAUGGUAAUGAAGGAACAUAUGAUAUUCUUAUUAUUGAAUUAUUAGGUCCAUCAUUAGAAGAUUUAUUUAAUUAUUGUAAUAGAAAAUUUACAUUAAAAACAGCAUUAAUGCUUGUUGAUCAAAUGAUUACAAGAAUUGAAUAUGUUCAUACAUGUCAUCUUGUUCAUCGUGAUAUUAAACCAGAUAAUUUUUUAAUGGGUGUGAAAUCUAUGGGUAAUACUGUUUAUAUAAUCGACUUUGGUCUUUCAAAACGAUAUAGAGAUCCUAAAUCACUUGUACAUAUACCUUGGAAAAGUAAUAAAAGUCUUACAGGUACAGCUCGAUAUGCAUCAAUAAAUGCUCAUAAAGGUAGUGAACAAUCACGUCGUGAUGAUUUAGAAGCAAUUAGUUAUGUAUUUAUGUAUUUUAUAAUGGGUACAUUACCAUGGCAAGGUUUACAAGCAACAGCAAGAAAAUCAAAAUUUGAACGUAUUGCUGAAAUGAAAAUGAAAAUGACAUCUGAACAAAUAUGUAAAAAUUAUCCAAAAGAAUGUAUUUUAUUUCUUAAUUAUUGUCGUACACUUAUAUUUGAUCAUCGACCUGAUUAUAAUUAUUUAAGAUAUUUAUUUCGUUAUUUACUCUAUCAAAAAGGUGAUCAAUAUGAUUAUGAAUAUGAUUGGAUUAUUCUACAUAGAAAUAAACGAUUAUCAACAUUGCAUAUAAUAAAUCCUAUUGAUGGUGAAAAUUCUCUUCUUUCUGAACAGUAA